CAACUUUCUAAUUCCAAUAGAAACUUAUCCCGGAAAACGAAAUCACUCCCAACUUCCUAGAUCAAACACACGCUCACACUCACAGUCGGUGUGUUUUCAGGUGAUCAAGGAAGCAUGGGGUCAUGGAAUUCAACAGAAAUGGAGGUUUUAUCCAGUGUAUUGGGAUGGAUUGCAUUCUGUGCUUGGUCUAUCAGCUUCUAUCCACAAGUCAUAUUGAAUUUCAAAAGGAAAAGUGUGAUAGGUCUGAAUUUUGAUUUCGUGGUGCUGAAUCUGACUAAGCAUUCGUCUUAUCUGAUAUACAACGCCUCCGUCUUCUUUAGCUCAGCGGUUCAACGUCAGUAUCGCCAGAAAUAUGGGCUCGAUGAGAUGAUACCUGUAGCCGCAAAUGAUGUUGCUUUCUCCAUUCAUGCAGUUGUUCUAACUGCAUUUACCUUAUUCCAGAUAGGCAUCUAUGAUCGUGGAGGUCAGAAGGUCUCCAAGACUAGUAUUUUAAUACUCUCAGUAGCCUGGUUAACUGUUAUCAUCUGCGUGUUCAUAGCUAUACCUAGUCAUUCAUGGCUUUGGUUGGUGUCUUGCUUUAGCACAUUACAGGUUGUCAUGACAGUGAUCAAGUACAUACCCCAAGCAGUUAUGAACUUCCAAAGAAAGAGUACAGUUGGGUUUAGCAUUGGGAACAUUUUGCUUGAUCUGGUUGGAGGAUUAGCAAAUUAUGGGCAAAUGACUGUCCAAUCUAUAGAUCAACAUUCAUGGGUAAACUUUUAUGGGAAUAUAGGCAAGACAUUGCUUUCUUUGGUGUCUAUUUUCUUUGACAUCGUGUUUAUCUUGCAACAUUAUGUGAUUUACCCUGCCCACAAGAUUGUGAAAUCUGAAAGUCCAGGCAUGGAUAAUGUAUAA